CAUUAACAAAAGAGAGAGAGAAAAACAUAAAGUAGAGAGAGAAAUGGCAUCAAGAAGAGUGCAAACUAAAAUGGCAAUGCGUAGCAAGCUUCACCUUUUACGAACACUUACAAACUCCAAAUCAGUGAAAAAGAACUCUAUUAUCUUGGAUGCUUUCCUUUAUAUCAUCAAGCUUAGACUCCAGCUAGAAGCCAUUCAAAGAGAGUAUCAACAACUCUUAAAUCAUGUCCAAGAAGUGAAGGUGGAAAAGCUUAUUGGGACAAAAAUUUUGGUGAAAGUGACAUGCAAAAAGGGAAAAGAUGUACUAGUAUCAAUUUUGGAGGCAUUUGAAGAUAUGAAACUAAUUGUUGUUCAAGCUAGGGUUACAAGUAGGUACUUCUUUGGUAUGGAAGCUAUUGUGGAAGCUGGAAAUGAAGAUACUUUGGAUGUAAGAGCUUUGACUAGAGCACUUCAAAUGGCUAUCCAAAAGCAAAGUUUUGAAAAGCUCAAGUAAUAAAUAGUUCUAAGUUUUGUCCCCCUUUUAUUAUUAUUAUUGUCCUUCUAGCUAGUUGUUCAUGUAAUCAAGGUAAAAAAAAAAAUCACUUUCCUUUUGUUAGCCCAUAAGGUAUGAAAGUGAAAGAGAAAAGACAAAAUGUGA